CGAACAAUUUUUCCAAUAUUUUUGGGGGACGAUCAGGUUGGCUGUACACCUUUUUCCUCUCAAGGUCGUAUAUUAUUCAUUAAAAAUCAUUGUUACAAAAUGCAAUUGCUGUUUUUUCUUCUCUUGAGGAGUGGGAGAAUGGAAUUAUUUGAUGAACAUUGUUUAUCAAAGUCAUAUCUUUGGCAAGAGAUUGCUCGACCUCAGGUUCACGGAUACGACAUGAAUGCGGUGGCGUGGUUGUCCCCAACCAGUUAUGUGUCGGCUGGAGAUGAGAAGAUCGCCCGUGUUUUCAAGGCCACACGUACAUUUUUCGCUGCCUACGAGCAGUCUUCUGGUAUCCGGUGUACGUUGGGAGAUCAGUCUUUGGCUGAAGGUAAGUACAUUGGUACAUGUAGAUACGUAUCGUGUUACACAUUCCUGAAGCUUUUGCCUACCAUACUCCCUGCGGGCGUUUUUCUAGACGGCCGACAUUGGCUUACUUCUCGUUCACACUACAUCUAUCCUGUUCCUUUGCCAACUGAAGAUCGACUUCAGCAAACCACAUUGUGGCCCGAGGCGAAAAAACUGUACGGUCACGCAUAUGAAGUCUACUGUCUCGCAGCACAUCCGCAUCUGCUGCUGGUUGCCUCAGCUUGCUUAGCCACGAAACCACAGCAUGCUUUCAUCAUUCUCUGGAACGGGUACACCGAUUGGACUAUUCACGCGGUAAGUCGUCUCACGCAUCACCAACUGACUGUGACCCAACUGACGUGGAGUCCGAAUGGACAAUUCCUAUUGGCCGUGUCACGUGAUCGUACGUGGAGUGUGUGGUACGGUGUGGAUCUGCUUGCUUAUCCGGCAAAGGGAAAGAGUCAUUCACGAAUCAUUUGGGCCGGGGCUUGGACCCCAGAUAGUCGAUACUUCCUGACCGGUUCCCGGGACAAAGCCAUCCUUGUCUGGACAGUGCCCUCUGUUCUUGAUUCAAACGCGGCCGCCCCAGUGGCUAGUGUUCCUCUUGACGCGCGUCACAACUGUUCCGAUGCUGUCACGGCCUUGGAUGUGAUCGGUCUGACCCAUUCGACGUCCUCUUGGAACUACCUGGUGGCUCUGGGCUUGGAGUCUGGCCAACUUCAGCUUCUUUUAUUCCGUCUAUCCCCGCCUGACCAGUCGUCAUCUGCAACACGAAUAGACUGGUCUCCACCAAUCCUCUUUAACCCUGAAUUGUGUCACGUAAAAAAUAAACGUGUACGACGCUUGGUUUUCGCUCCUUUCGGCGGUUCUGCUGCUCGAAGAAUCCUAGCGAGUGCCGCAGAUGACGGUUUGGUUCGUCUGUUUGAAGUGGACAUUGAACAGUGUUAA